UCCAGUCUCUGCACCGCCUCCCGGUGCUUGCUGUGCUGCCUAAGCAGGACGCUCGUGCGGAAGAAGGGCGGUGGAGCCAUGCCAUGCAGCUCCGCAAGGACGCCACUGGGCACAGCCCGCAGGCCUUAGUGUCCAUUAUCCUCCCAGUGCACAAUGCCGAACAGUGGUUGGAUGAGUGCUUGGCGUCUGUUUUACAGCAAGACUUUGAAGGCACCAUGGAGCUCUCUGUUUUUAAUGAUGCCAGCAAGGACAAGUCUAGGAUCAUCAUUGAAAAAUGGAAGGGGAAACUGGAAGAUUCUGGCAUCUCUGUAGUCAUUGGAGGCCAUGACUCUCAUUCUCCCAGAGGAGUUGGAUAUUCUAAAAACCAAGCAAUUGCACAGAGCACAGGGUCUUACCUUUGCUUUUUGGAUUCAGAUGAUGUUAUGAUGCCCCAGAGAGUGAGGCUGCAACAUGAAGCUGCUGUUCAGCACCCAACGAGCAUCAUAGGAUGCCAAGUGAAGAGAGACCCUCCAGACUCUACAGAGCGAUACACACGUUGGAUCAACCAGUUGACGUCUGAUCAGCUGUUCACACAGGUGUUCACCUCCCACGGCCCCACAGUGAUCAUGCCAACGUGGUUCUGCUCUCGGGCCUGGUUUUCCCAUGUGGGCCAAUUUGAUGAAGGAGGACGGGGGGUACCAGAGGACCUGUUGUUCUUCUAUGAGCACCUUAGGAAAGGGGGUGGCGUCUUCCGGGUGGACCACAGCCUGCUCCUCUACCGCUACCACUUGCAUGCAGCCACACAUUCAGUUCUUGAGAUGACCAUCUGGACCCAUCGUGUCCACUUCCUAGAGGAACAAGUCCUACCUCAUUGGAAGUCCUUCACCAUUUGGAAUGCAGGCAAGCAGGGACGUAGGUUAUACCGCAGCUUGACUGCAGCCAGCCGGCGCAAGGUGGUGUCCUUCUGUGAUGUUGAUGAGAACAAGAUCAGGAAGGGUUUCUACUGCCAUGAGGACUCUCAGGAAAGACCCAAGCCGAAGGUCCCCAUCCUGCAUUUCCAAGCUGCCCAGUCGCCCUUUGUCAUCUGUGUGAAGCUGGACCUCACAGGGGGUGAGUUUGAAGACAACCUGAAAUCACUGCGCUUGCAGGAAGGCCGGGACUUUGUUCACUUCAGCUGAGGCUGCCGCAAGGUGAUCCACAUGGAAGCUCUACAGAUUCUGAGCCUUGUCUGCUCUACUUCCCUUACACGGCAACUGUCAGGUGAAACGUGAUCCUAAUUAGUCUUAACAAUAAAAACCAGGAGUCAGAUAUUAAGGGUGAAAGCUGAAAGAUCAGAGAAGCAGAGCAGCGGCCACUAGAGACUUCUUACCUCUAUGCAUCCUCAGGCCAAAUGGGGGUUCCUGUCUCUAUGAAUCCUCAGACUGAAUAGGCGCCAAGAUCUGUCUCCACCCGCCUUAUAUUCCUGUCUCCAACUCCUUAGUGCUGGGAUCAAAGGCUUGAGCCUCCCAUAUGCUGGGAUUAAAG